CACAAAAUGGAUCAUGUCAGCCUUACUGAGAAGUUUAUGAAGCAGCACUGUCAGCCCCACUGCUGGUGUAAAUCACAGAGGCAUCCAGACAGAUAUAAAUUCCCUGGCACUUGUGAGCUGCGAAAAGAGGAAGCUUGUGCAAACGCGUUGGUGAGGACGGCGCAUCUGCUGGCUGGCAGAAAGCAGGAGUGACAUAUCGGUGUCUGUUGAAUGAUGACUGGGGUGUCUAUGUGGAAAGACAACGAAAUUGGAUGUGAAGAUUCAGUCAUGGGCGCCGGUCAGAGGGACGACAAGAACAGUUUGGGACCUGAACAGCUCACCUCUCUUGGCCAUCACAAGUUCCCAUCUGCCUUGACGCACAGCCCCAAGGAAAUUUGGAAGAAAGGGGGGCGUGUUUUCUCUGUUCUGCUUGGUAUCAAUUUGGUGCUGCUGUCCUGCACCUUGGUCAGUGGUGGGGCUUUCCACGAAAUAAAACUGCAUGACUACGAUGUCUUUUUCAUGCUCACCAUCGUGAUGCUGAUAGCCAUUGUUUGGAUGCUCUUCUACCUCAUCCACACCUCCAGACACCGGGGUGCCAUCCUCUGCAAGGAUGCACAUGCGGGACCCAUUUGGCUAAGAGGAGGUUUGGUCUUGUUUGCAGUCCUCACCCUGGUGAUGGAUGUUUUUAAGACGGGAUAUUAUUCCAGCUUCUCUCAUUGCCUGACAGCCAUCAAAAUAACCUAUCCAAUUGUGCAGGCUUUGUUUGUGAUCGUCCAGACUUACUUUCUCUGGGUUUCUGCCAAAGACUGUGUACAUGUGCAUCUGGAUGUUACUAGAUGUGGCUUGAUGGUCACAUUGACCACCAAUUUAGCAGUGUGGAUGUCUGCAGUAACAGAUGAGUCGGUGCAUAAAGCACAAUUAAAGAAUCCAAACGGCACACACAGAAUGCCUGGGAUAAGGAGCAGCGCCUCAGAGAGCUGUAGCUGUGACGGAAAGCUCUGCAGCGUCUUCCAUGAUGGCUAUUUUUGGAUGUAUCCCUUCAAUAUUGAGUACAGCCUCUUUGCUUCCGCCAUGGUCUAUGUUAUGUGGAAGAAUGUUGGCCGCUUCAUAGACCACCAUACCAACCCUAUGCAUCACCUGAAAUUCAAGCUUUUCAAAAAGAAUUUCUUUGUGGGCGCCAUCCUGGGGCUCUUGAUCCUGGUAACUGGGAUAGGGGUCUUGACUGUAUAUGAAAUUCAGGUAAAUAAAAAUAACCCCGUUGAAAAAAAGGAGCAGGCGCUCAUGAUGUAUUACAUCUUCAACAUUGUUUGCCUGGGCCUGACGUCCCUUGCCUCCAUUGCGGGCUCCAUAGUCUACAGGUUUGACAAGAGAGACAUGGACCGUCACAAGAACCCAACUAGAACUUUGGAUGUAGCUUUACUGAUGGGCGCAGCCUUGGGGCAAUAUGCUAUUUCCUAUUACUCUAUUGUGGCCAUAGUGGCCAGUAUGUCAAGGGAUACUAUCAGUGCCCUUAACUUGACCUGUUCCUUGCUGAUGAUUGCCCAGCACACUUUCCAGAACAUCUUUAUCAUAGAAGGCCUUCAUCGGCAGCCCCCAGAAGAGGAAAACAAAAUUGACCCUCAGCAGAAGGAUCUUUAUGGGCUCACCUUUGUCAAUAUGAAUGCUGUAUCCCUUCGUGUCCCUGACAGCGGAAGUGCCUUGCCAUCCACCACACCCCCAGCCUUAGCAAUUCAAGCACCUUCUGAAGCAAUACAGUCCAUAAGGGUUUCCAAGAAAGUAAAUUGGAGGAGGAGGCUCUUGAAAGAGGUCUCAUCGUUCCUGCUGCUGUGUAAUGUAAUUCUCUGGAUCAUGCCAGCUUUUGGAGCCCGGCCCCAGUUUGAUAAUGAGCGGGAGCUCAGAUUCUAUGGCUACCCAAUGUGGGCUGCCAUUGUGGACAUCUGCCUGCCCUUUGGCAUCUUCUACAGGAUGCAUGCAGUGGCCAGCCUACUGGAGGUCUACAUCAUGUCUUAACAUGAAGAUGAAGAAUUUACUGUGUGAACCCACAUUUCUCACAUCUCCCAGAACUGAAAGCCUGAAUAACUGCACUAAGGGGGAUUUGAGGUUUACUGGGGGGUCAGGCCCCAGUGAUUAGUGGGCAUUACUCCAUAAUACUCAUGAAAAAAAGAAAAGAAAAGAUUGUUUGGGGGCUGUUGUUGUUUACUUGUUUCUGUAUUUUUGUUCCAUUCAAGUAACCCCUUUUCUUCAUCUAAUAAGAGGUCUGAAUACCAAUGACUUUUCUUGGAAAUGUUGAUGUGAACCCUGCCUAAUUAUUUAUCACUUUAAGGGCCCCUUUGACUUCAUUCAAGCAGUCUGGGGUAGUUAGUUCAGCUUGAAAGAAUGUUGAAGGCCACUGAAACAACUGUGGAAUCCAUUACUCCACAGUAGUCUGGAUGGCUUCACAUGUUCCUGUUCAUUCAACCCUUCACCUAAUGAAGAUCAGAAUCCAGUGAUUCACAAAGGUCCCAGUAGUAUGAUCUUCUUGAGUCUACACAUGAUAAAUAUAAACUUGAAGUCUCACAGAUUUCAGUAGAACUCAGUUCCUGUCCUGAAUCGGGGUCUGUAGACUGUGAAAGCCAAUAGAUAAUUGUUAUUAAGAGGGUAUUAAGAUAUAUUUUUAGAAACAGCUUGAUAAUUUUUUAACGAGCCUAUUUUUUAUAAAAGUUAUUUAUUGAUUUUCAUGUUGACAAUAAAAAACUACUCAAAGGAUCAUCAUGCAGACACCAAUGAACUCAGCACAAGGGCAGUGCUCAGACUGCAGCUGAAACUGAGGACUUUGCCACCUUACCUCACGUGAGGGCACUUACACCUCAGAAGUUGGGUUGAGACAGCUUUCUCCUCAACCCUUCAAACACUUCUGAAGGAUCUCUUUAUCUGUGUGAGGUUCUGCAAAUACAUUAUCUUCUCUGGUCUAACUGUAGAAUUGGCACCAUAGGAUAGCCAAAACAAGGCCUAGCUGUUCUUCUCAAAGCCUUCCCUUGUGUACAUGCACACAAAAGCGUAUAACACUUUUUGUCUAAUACAAAACCUGGGAUAAUAUAUCUUACAGCUGUAAUACUCAAGAUACGCUGCAUUAUUAGCUAGGAUCAUACUGUCAAAAGGGUUACCAACCUUGAAGUAGCACCUGGAGAUCUCCCACUAUGACAAAUUCUCUCCAGAUGACCA